UACCAGGUGUCGCAUUAUCAAUCUGCAAUGGACUUUUAAAAGGUGGUGCAGCUGAUGCAGUUUUGAAUAUUAUUACAAAUACUUGGAAGAAUCUCGGAGACAUUUUCGGUAUUAACAACAUGAUAUGAAUAAAUCGGAAUAAUUCAAAUAUUAAUUGUAUUUCUAAAAAUUUUGAUUCGAGUUGUUAUAAUCUGAAAUUAGAAGAAAAAUGUGUGCUCAGCCUAUUAUAAAUCCUGCUCUUCCUUUUGUUGGUGCUAUUCCAGGAGGACUUCAACCUGGUCGGAUGAUAAGAGUGCAAGGUGUGGCACAUCCUAAUGCCAGAUGUUUUUCAAUAAAUCUUCAGUGUGGUCCAGGCUCAAGUUCCCAAGAUGAUAUUGCUCUUCAUCUUAGCCCAGUAUUUUCUCCACCUCCACGCUUAGUAAGAAAUAGUCUUCAGAAUCAACAAUGGGGUCCAGAAGAAAGUCAUGGUCCUUAUUUUCCAUUUGUAGUUGGUCAAAAUUUUGAAAUAUUAAUUUUGACAGAAGGAGAUGAAUAUAAAAUUGCAGUAAAUGGUCAACAUUUUUGUGAAUUUAAACAUAGAAUACCAAUUUACAGAGUUACUUCUUUAUCAAUAAAUGGUGAAGCAACUAUAAAUCAAAUUAAUUAUGAAGGAACUGUUUCUCCAAUGCAGCAACCAUCAGCUGGAGGAUUUAGUGGAGGAUUUAUUUCACCACCAGGAAUGCCAACAUCUACUUCACCACUGCCACCACAAGCUUACUCAGGUUCUAAUCCCAUACCACCACCACCAACAUCAUAUGGACAGCAGCCAUACCCUACCCAGCCAGGUGGUGUACAUUAUCAAACUAAUCCUUAUGGAGCACCACCUUUACCACCUGGAAGUAAUCCAUAUGGUACUCCACCUGUCCCUCCAGGAAGCAGUCCUUAUGGUCCAUCUCCUUAUGGCGUACCACCUGGAGGUUAUUCUAGUGGAUAUCCACACGGUUCAAAACAAUCUGGUGGUUUAGGAAGUUUACUUCCAUCUGGUUUAGCUGCUGGCCUAGGAGCACUUGCUGGAUCUGCAUUGUUAGGGAAAGGAAAGCAAGAUUCAGAUAAAAAGGAAUCUAGUACUUUAACAACUGAAGCUCUAAAAACUGGAAUAGGAUUGUUAGCAGAGGCUGCUGCUGUUUCUGCAGCAGAGCCUAAAGAAAGGGAAAAAAUGGGAGAUAAUCAAAGACACAAUGGGAAGGGAAAAGACAGCAGUGCAGCAGAUGCUGCCCUAGCUGUCGGGGUAGAAAUAUUGACAAAUGCUGCUGUAUCUUCAAUGAUAGAAUCAAAACCUAAGGAUAAAAAUGAACAACUGUCUGAUUUUGCUGCUGGCAUUGGAAAAUUAACUGAGGCAGCAGUUGUAUCAGCGACUGAACAGAAACUUCAUGGAUCUAAAGAGCAUAGUAAUAUAACUUCUUCAGCCCUUGCAUCAGGGGUUGGAUUGUUAGCAGAUGCUGCAGCUUCUUCACUUUCUAGUUCAAUACAUGGAGGUUAUCCUGGAUAUCCAUAUGGAAAGCCUAAGAGUAGCAGCCCAAUCCCAAUUGGAUUAGCAGCUGGAGCAGGAGCUUUAGCAGGAGCUGCAAUGCUAGGAAAAUCUCCAGUAAGUAAUUUUUAAAAAUAAAAUAGCCAU